CGACCAGCCUUGUACCCAAGUCUUUGUUCUCCUUCCCCACGCAAAAUCAGGUCGAACAAUGUCGUUGGGACCCCCGACGUCGGCAAUUACGCUCCAGCCAGCAGCGCAUGGCAGCGCCCCACAAGCCAUUUCGCGCGCGCCAACGAAAGUGACGAUCCACCCCGUCGCCCUCUUUUCCAUCCUUGACCACUACCUGCGUCGAAAUGAUACGCAAGAGCGCGUUAUUGGUACCCUUCUUGGGACGCGUAACGAGACCGAGAUCGAAGUCCGGUCUUCGUUCGCGGUACUGCACAGCGAAACAGACGAGCAGGUCGCCGUCGACAUGGAGUACCACCGCGCCGUAUACGAUCUGCACCACAAGGUCAACCCGAAGGAGGUCAUUGUCGGAUGGUACUCCACGGGCUCGAACCUGAAUACCUACUCCGCUCUCAUCCAAAACUUCUACAUGCAAGAGACUGUACCGCAUCAGGCGAUACAUGUCGCGCUCAACACUGGCGUCGAACCCGGCCAGGAAGCGGGUGUCAAGGCGUUCGUCAGCUCCCCCGUCGGUGUCAACCCUCGUCCAGAGAACUGCGUUUUCGCACCUAUACCCGUUGAACUGCGCUUCCAGGAUGCGGAAAGAAGCGGACUUGAUCUCCUCUCGAAAACCGCCGCCGAGCCGUCGUCGACCUCACCACAGCCGCUCACCGACCUUCAGGUCUUGGAGGAGACUCUGACUCAGGUCAUGACCAUGCUCGACCGCGUUCUCGCCUACGUGCGCGCGGUGCUCGCGGGCGAGCGCCAGGGCGACCCAGCAGUCGGUCGGUACCUCAUGGACACCCUCGGCGCGAGCACGGAAGACCUCGAAAAGGGCGGUUUCCAGGCCAGCCUCCAGGACACCCUCAUGCUCACCUACCUCGCCAACCUCGUCCGCUCGCAAGCGGAGGUCUCCGCGCGGUUGGCUUUGGCACCAUAGUGAAGUUGUUGUAUACCUAGUCGAUGUAUCACUAGCGGGAAUGCAAUCCCACACACGGGAAGUGGCCAGAGCUUUGCUCUGGGCCGGCACGCAUCUGCAGCGAUUUGU